AUGCUGAGUGAUUCGGAUAUAGAUUCCUUGAACAACCAUCUCGGAUCCGUGUCACAGGAAAACCAAAAGCACCAUGAAAAUCUCCAGGACUUGCUCAGGCAGUUCAAAAGCCUUUUGGAGGACUACAGCUCCCUUAAAAGCGACUAUGAGGAGGUGAAGGAAGGCCGAGAUAAAUACAAAAGACAGGCACGUGGUCAGGAUCGCAACCCAUUCGUGCUGGUGCUUGUUGAUGGCGAUGGAUACCUUUUCAAGGAGCAUUUCCUCAAGGCCGGUGCCGAAGGUGGAAUUGACGCAGCCCGUGAACUCAGCGACUCGGUCAAGGAGUUAAUGCACUCGACAAUGGGAAUGCAGGCCGAUCAGUGUCGGAUCAUGGUUCGUGUCUAUGCCAAUACGCUUGGACUGUCCAAAGCCCUUGCUCGAGCAGGACUCUGUGGCCACGAAGCUCGCUCCCUGGCACCAUUCAUCUCGGCCUUCAACCGUGCACAAGAUCUUUUCGAUUUCGUCGAUGCUGCAGAAAAGAAAGAAGGCAGCGACUUCAAAAUCAGAGAAAUAUUUCGCCUGUUUGCGGAUUUCAAUCAGUGCCGACAUAUUUAUUUCGCUGGCUGUCACGACACUGGCUUCGGCUCUUUGCUGACCCCCUAUAGGGGCCGAAGUGACCGCAUCACACUCAUCAAAGCUGCGGGGUUCCAUCGUGAAUUUGAAGAUCUAGGCUUACCGAUCAAAGAGUUGCCAUCGGUAUUUAUGUCAAACUCUCUUGCUACAACCAAACCAACUACCAUUGUCAACACCAACAAGGUUGUUGCUGUCACAAACGGCGCUAGGCCGAUCUGUAAGCAUUUUCAAAAGGGUAUUUGCAAAUUUGGUAAUACUUGCAACAAACAGCACGUCAUGCCGGGCCAACAGCUGUCUGCUAAGCUCGCGGAUGAAUCGCCCAAACAGUUGUGGUCUACUCCAUCUAUCGUGGGCCGCUCGCAAGAGUUUCUGUUCUCCCACCUGCCGCUCAUGAGCCUUAAAUCGGAAGAAUUCAUCGCCAUCAAUAAGGAUGGCGAACGUCUGGACACCUAUUGUCCUCAUCCGUCCCCGGAUGCCAUGGAUGAAUACCACCGUCGUGCCAAAGAGCACAAAGUCUGCAACAGUUACCAUCUGUCAAGAGAAUGUGGUGACAUGGGUUGCCAAUACGAUCAUAGUGAUGUUUCUGAUACCAUCAUUGAAGUGCUCAGAUACAUCCUCCUUCAGCACCCUUGCCCUCGAGGCGGGGCUUGCCGGUCCAUCAAAUGUUACAUGGGCCACCUAUGCCAAAAGCCCAACUGCAAAGCCGUAAAGAGCUGGCAGUGCCGCUUCAACCAACGUGCACACAGCCUUGAUAUUCAAGUCUCCCAGUGGGUUACGCCGGUCGAACAGCCCGAUGGAGAGCAGUCGUCAAUCAGCGGCGACUCCUUUGAAGGCACCACCUCUCCGAGCACAAUCAACUUUGCUUAG